AUUCUGCUAUAUGUGGUCAGAUUGAUGGCUAUGUGUGUGUGAGAGAGAGAGUGAGAGGCGCUUUUUUUUUUUAUUGUACAAGCCGUCAGAUGCAGCUUGUAACCUGGUGCGUGUGAGUGAGUGAGUGAGUGAGUGUGUGUGUGUGUGUGUGUGAGUGUGUGAGUGUGUGACAGAGAGCGGGGCAACAGAGGAUUCUCGGCAUUCAGCCGCGGUGAUCGGUAGAGACCUGGAUCUCGGCGGUUCCAUUGUGUGUGACCCUCACGGCGCGGUUGUAGCGAGAGGAUCCCAAGGAAAGGUUGCGCUACCCGACCAUGAUCUGAAGGAGGGGAAAGACUGAAGGAUCGCCGGGUCCCCCCCCCUGCCCGUCCCCGGCCACUCGAUCACCAUGGAGCCUUGUCGGCUGUUGCCCGACAUGUUCAGGACUGGGAUCUUGGUGCUGGCAGCCUGUGGGCUCGGUGUAAGUUCCUGCCCGGCUCUCUGCAACUGUGUGGGCACCACCGUGGACUGUCACGGGCUCGGACUCCGAACCAUUCCCAAGAACAUUCCUAGGAACGCGGAGAGACUGGAGCUCAACGGGAAUAAUAUCUCACGGAUUAGCAAAAGUGACUUUGCGGGACUGAGACACAUCAGGGUUCUGCAACUCAUGGAAAAUCAUAUCAGUUCCAUCGAGCGUGGAGCCUUCGAGGACAUGAAGGAGUUAGAACGAUUGCGUCUGAAUCGAAACCAGCUGCAGAUCUUGCCAGAGCUGCUCUUUCAGAAGAACCCCACUCUGCACAGACUGGAUCUGAGCGAGAAUUCCAUUCAGGCAAUUCCCAGGAAGGCAUUCCGUGGAGCAACGGACAUCAAGAACUUGCAGCUGGACAAAAAUCAAAUUACCUGCAUUGAGGAAGGAGCUUUCCGAGCCCUGAGGAGCCUAGAGGUCCUCACCCUGAAUAAUAAUAACAUCACCAGUAUUCCGGUGUCCAGCUUCAACCAUAUGCCACUUCGCACCUUCCGCCUGCACUCCAACCAGCUGCUGUGUGACUGUCGACUCUCCUGGUUGUCCCAGUGGCUGAGGCAACGGCCCCAGAUUGGCCUCUUCACCCAGUGCUCCUCUCCCCCGCACCUCCGCGGACUUAACCUGCCCGAGGUGCAGAAGCACGAGUUCACCUGCGCAGGUCAGUCGGAGGGUGUGGGCUCCCCCUCGUGUGGCCUGGCCUCUGGAUCUUGCCCUGCCGUCUGCACCUGCACCAACAGCAUCGUCGACUGCCGCGGGAAAGGACUCACCGCCAUCCCUGCCAACCUGCCCGAGAGUGUCACCGAAAUCCGACUGGAGCAAAAUGGAAUCAAAUCGGUCCCACCAGCGACUUUUACCACGUAUAAAAAACUGCGGCGGAUAGACCUCAGCAACAACCAAAUCGCUGAGAUUGCUCCUGACGCCUUCCAAGGACUGCGAUCCCUCAACUCACUGGUCUUGUACGGAAACAAAAUCAAUGAACUACCAAAAGGUGUUUUUGAUGGACUCUACGCUCUUCAACUACUGUUGCUGAAUGCAAACAAGAUCAACUGCAUUCGGGCGGACACCUUCCAGGACCUCCAGAACCUCAGUCUCCUCUCGUUGUACGACAACAAGAUCCAGACACUGCCCAAAGGCACCUUCAACUCUCUCCGUGGUAUCCAGACACUGCACCUGGCCCAGAACCCGUUCAUCUGUGACUGCCACCUCAAGUGGCUUGCCGACUACCUGCGCUCUAACCCCAUCGAGACCAGCGGGGCGCGGUGUGCCAGCCCGCGGCGUCUGGCCAACAAGAGGAUCGGGCAGAUCAAGAGCAAGAAGUUCCGCUGCUCAGCGAAAGAACAGUAUUUCAUCCCAGGUACGGUGGACCAGAGGCUGGGGAGCGAGUGUAACAGGGACAUGGUCUGCCCUCCAAAGUGCCGCUGUGAAUCUAACGUGGUGGACUGUUCCAACCAGAAGCUGACCAAGAUCCCGGACUUCAUCCCACAGUCAACCAUGGAGCUACGACUGAUCAACAACGACAUUACGCUUUUGGAAUCCACCGGCCUGUUUCAGAAACUUCCUCAGUUGAGAAAAAUAAACCUGAGCAACAACAAGAUCACGGAUAUCGAGGAUGGGACGUUUGAAGGAGCUGCCUCGGUCUCUGAGCUGCACCUGACCGCCAACCAGCUGGACUCCAUAAGAAGCGGAAUGUUCCGGGGCUUGGACGGACUACGAACGCUGAUGCUGAGGAAUAACCGCAUCAACUGCAUUCACAACGACAGCUUCACGGGGCUGGGUUCUGUACGCCUCCUCUCCCUCUACGACAACCAGAUUGUGACCAUCACUCCCGCGGCCUUUGACACCCUGCACUCCCUCUCCACCCUCAACCUCCUGGCCAACUGGUUGAACUGCGACUGCCAGCUGGCGUGGCUGGCGGAGUGGCUGCGGCGACGCAAGGUGGUGAGCGGCAACCCUCGGUGCCAGCGGCCCGACUUCCUCCGCGAGAUCCCACUGCAGGACGUGGCCAGCCAGGACUUCCGCUGCGGGGAAGGUUUGGAGGAGAAUGGAUGUGUGGCACGUGCCCAGUGCCCAGCUGAAUGUACCUGCCUGGAGUCUGUGGUGCGAUGCAGCAACAAACAUCUGACGUCUCUGCCCAGGGGCAUCCCGAGGAACGUGACCGAGCUGUACCUGGAUGGCAACCAGUUGAGUGCAGUUCCCAGUGAACUCUACACCUUCAAGCAUCUCCAACUGGUGGACAUGAGCAACAAUCAGAUCAGCUCCUUGACCAACAUGUCCUUCAUCAACAUGAGCCAGCUGACCACAUUGAUCCUCAGUUACAAUUCCUUGCGAUGUAUCCCAGCAUCGGCAUUCCAAGGUCUCCGCUCUCUCCGGCUCCUGUCCCUGCACGGAAAUGAAAUCUCCGCUCUUCCCAAAGGAAUCUUUGCGGAUGUGGCUUCUCUCUCUCACCUUGCUAUUGGAGCCAACCCACUCUACUGUGACUGCAACCUCCGCUGGCUGUCUGACUGGGUGAAGACUGGGUACAAGGAGCCUGGCAUUGCCCGCUGUGCUGGCCCCGGAGACAUGGAGGGCAAGCUCCUACUGACGACACCAGCCAAGAAGUUUGAGUGUCAAGGUCCGACGGAGCUGAGCAUUCUGGCCAAGUGCAGUCCCUGCCUGUCCAACCCGUGCCAAAACCACGGCACCUGCAUCGACCAUCCCAUGGAUCACUACCGGUGCACCUGUCCCCAUGGUUACCAGGGCAAACGGUGUGAAUCUCCGAUCAAUGGGUGCAUCAGUAACCCCUGUGAGAACGGAGGGACGUGCCACAUCAAGGAGGGCCAGUCUGGCGCAUUCUGGUGUACCUGCCCCGAGGGUUUCCUGGGCAACACCUGCACGACCAACAUUGAUGACUGUGAGGGGAAUGUCUGCGAGAACGGGGCAACCUGCCUGGACGGGGUUAAUAACUACACCUGCCUCUGCCCACCUGAACACACAGGAGUUCUGUGCGAGGAGCCGGUGGACCUCUGUGCCCCUGAAUUAAACCCAUGCCAGAGCGGCACCAAGUGUGUGGGCACCAAGGCGGGUCCAAGGUGCGAGUGUCUUUCCGGCUACAGGGGGGAGAACUGUAGCAUUGCCGUUGACAACUGCCAGGACCACGGUUGCCAGGGGAACGGAAUGUGCGUGGAUACGGUGGACAGUUACACCUGUCUGUGUUCUGAGGGAUACAGCGGCCGUUUCUGUGAGCUCCCCUCCCCGUCCUCUCCCAUGCCAGCCCAGUGCCAGCCCGAAGAUUGUCUCAAUGGCGGGCAGUGUGUGGGUACCAGCGCCCUGUGCCAGUGUCUCCCAGGGUUCGGAGGGGCGCGGUGCGACAAGUUGGUCAGCGUCAACUUUGUGGAUCGGGAUUCCUACCUCCAGUUCACCGAGCUGAAGAACUGGCCCCAAGCAAACAUCUCCUUGCAGGUCUCCACUGCCGAGGAUAACGGGAUCUUGCUGUAUAAUGGAGACAACGAUCACAUUGCCGUCGAGCUGUAUCAGGGCCGGGUCCGAGUCAGCUACGACCCUGGGACUGACCCCAGCUCCACCAUCUACAGCCUGGAGACCAUCAACGAUGGGCAGUUCCACACCGUGGAGAUCCUCACCUUCGACCAGAUGGUCAAUCUGUCCAUCGACGGCGGAGCGCCCAAGAGCAUGGAGAGCGCAGUCAAACAGUCGGCACUGAACCACGAGACGCCACUCUACAUCGGAGGCAUGCCGGUUGGGGUGACCCCCCCCUCGCUGGGCCCAUGGCCCCCUGUCAAUGGUUCGGGUUUCCACGGAUGUAUCCAGAACCUGUACAUCAACAACGAGCUGCAGGACUUCACCAAGACCCGGCGUCGUGCCGGCGUGGAGCUUGGCUGCCGCUCCUGCCGCAGGAUCGCCUGUCGGCACGGCAUCUGCCAGCCACGGCCUGGCCAGCCGCCCGUCUGUCUCUGCCAGCCCGGCUGGGAGGGGCCGCAGUGUGACCAGCCCACCAUCGAGCCCUGCCACGGGCACAAGUGCGUGCGUGGCCGGUGUGUGGCGUUAGACACUGUGACCUACCGCUGUGAGUGCGAUGCCGGACACAAGGGAGCCCUGUGCAACCAGCAGGAAGAGUUGUUCAACCCCUGCAAGAAGCUGGCCUGCCAGCAGGGACAGUGCCACAUCUCGGAGCUGGGCGAGGCAGCGUGCGAGUGUGAGAGAGGAUACACCGGAGAUCUUUGCGACCAAGAGGCGGAGUGUCGAGGGGUGGCCGUCCGGGAUUAUUACCAGCUCCAGAGGGGCUACAACAUUUGCCAGAGCAGCCGGCAGGUGUCGUGGGUGGAAUGCCAAGGGUCGUGCCGGCAGCGGGGUUGCUGCGUGGCGCUCAAGGUCAAGCGGAGGACGUACGCCUUCGAGUGUAGCGACGGCUCCUCCUUCACCCACCAAGUGGAGAAGAGCGUGAGGUGUGGCUGCUCACAGUGCCCCUAGACCACCCACACACCCACCCACCCGCAUGGCCCGCUCAGCCAGGGGUGCCCCUGGCAGGCUGGGACAACCACACCCUCACUCACACCAACACACACUCACUCACAGUCGCACCCACUCUCACACGUACACAUUCACUCACACACCCACAUUUACUCACAGGCACGCACACCCACUUACUCACCAACAUGCAUGCAUGCAUGCACUCACCUUCACACACACACACACAUGCAAUCAUUCACUCUCUCACACACAUUCUCACACGUACUCUGUGGCAACAUCACCCCAGGACAAUGGUGCACUUGUAUGAGACUUGGUUUUGAAGCAGCAUCAAUAAAAAGCAAGAGUGAUUUCUCCCAGAGGCCAGGUGGAACUACACGUUUAGUGAUGACAUAAUAGACCAUCGUGGCACCAUAGUCAGACUCGGUACGUGCCGGCACAUCGCACUGGGGGAUUUGCCCUAUAUGGGGAGGGUGGGGUGAGGGUAGGGGGCACGAUUUAGACG